UCCUCGUAAAUCAGGAGAGAUUCCGUUUCGGGAAAAUUUUAUUUAUUGAAGUGAUAAUAUCUCCUCUUAGUACUUUUAUGUGUUUUAUGAAGCACUUCGUUUUUUUUUUUAAACGGAAGAUUUAAUGUGUAGUGACAAAGGCUUCAACUAUACGCAAGAAAGGAAACCAAAAAAAAGAUUUGCAUAAAUAAAUCUAACAAAAAACAGCGCAAACAGUAAUUAGCGGGAAAGCUAGAAUUCUUUAAAGUUAUUGCCUAAUCUUAACAAAAUGGGUGAUUUGGACAGCGUUCGCGUAGCUUUACGGAUACGACCAUUGGUGUCUUCAGAGAUUAAUCGUGGCUGUCAGGUAGCUGUUGAAAAGGUGGACAAUUUUAAUCAGGUCCUAGUUAACAAGACAGACUCCUUUACUUUUAAUUUUGUUUUCGACUGGCGAAACUCUCAGGAAGAACUGUAUAAUUCAAGUGUUUCGGAUAUGUUAGAUAAGUGCUUUCGUGGCUUCAAUGCCACGAUAUUAGCAUAUGGUCAAACUGGUUCUGGUAAGACACAUACCAUGGGCACCAUUUUUGAUGGUUGCCUUAAUGAACAUGCUGGCGUUAUACCGAGAGCUGUAUAUGAUAUAUUUGAGCGUACGCGCAAAAUGAAAGCUGACUUUGAUUUUGUAGUGAAAUGUUCGUUUGUGGAAUUAUAUCAGGAGCAAUUAUUUGAUUUACUUUCCAAUAAGUCACGCGAAGAUAGUGUUGUAGACAUACGUGAAGAUCGGAGUGGUAUUGUAAUGGUAGGUCUUACCGAGAAAAUAGUAUUCUCCGCUAAAGAAACUACAGAUUGCUUAAUAAGUGGAUCUUCCGGCAGAGCGGUAGCAUCUACAGCGAUGAACCAGCAGUCUUCUCGGUCGCAUGCGAUUUUUACUAUUACUCUAGAAGCUACAAAGAAUGAUGAGUCUCGUGCUGUAACCACUUCUAAAUUCCAUUUGGUAGAUUUAGCCGGUUCAGAACGUUCAAAGAAAACGCAAGCUACGGGCGAUCGUUUUAGAGAAGGUGUGAAAAUAAAUCAAGGACUUUUGGCGUUGGGAAACGUCAUAUCCGCCUUGGGAGAUGGUAAAGGCGCAGGGUUUGUGCGUUAUCGAGACUCUAAGUUGACACGACUGUUGCAGGACUCUCUCGGUGGCAACUCUAUGACUCUUAUGAUUGCUUGUGUUUCAUCUGCAGACUAUAAUGUUUCCGAGACUCUAAGCACUUUACGGUAUGCCGAUAGAGCGCGUAAAAUUAAAAACAAGCCUAUAGUAAAUCAAGAUCCCCAUGCGACUGAAAUUAAUCGUCUUAAGGGCAUUAUACAAAGGCUGCGUUUGGAACUAUUGGCGAAAGGUGGAACCGUUGGUUCAUCAUUGGACAGUGAAUUGGAAAAUGGAUCGCCUUUGCCCAGUCUUAUUGCUACUUCUACGCCCGCUGAAUUGCUAGCUUCUGAACAAAAUCGCAAAUACAAAGACCUCCAAGAAAAAUAUGGUAAUCUUCAACAGCAAUGGCAAAUGAUUUUACACGACGUAACCGAGCAUGAAAUGCGGGCGCAUAUAUUCGAGGUAACGCACCGUAAUAUUAAGACAAAGGUAGAUGAAAUGAAGCAUAUAGUAAAUGACUUGAAGCAUAUACGGAUGGGAAGUCCUGUGGAUGGAGAUAAUAUGCAAAAGUCAGUGUUGCAAAUAAGCACUUUGGUAGGGAACUUGCAAGAAGAAUUGGAACGAACACAAACUGAAAUAUUGGAUAAUAAAAAACGGUCUUCUUUAGCUUCUUUUGAAAAUAGCGACGUAAAGAACGAGGAACACGUCGCCCAGUUAAUUAAUUCCUCCUUGCAGGAACAUACUGAACUCUUUACCAAUAAGCAGAUGGAAAUCAACGAACAAUUACGACGCAUUAAUCGGGAACUGACGGUUAAAGAACAACUGCAUCAGCGUAUUGCGGGUAAUUUCAGCAGAUAUUCAACGUUGGACGACAAUGUUGAAGAGAAAUUCAGGGAAUGCGAAAAAAAAAUUCAGGAAUUGGAGGUGGAAAAAUGCGAUCUGCUUGAGAAAUUGCGGCAUGUUAAAGAAAAUGUCUCUGCUAAGUUGUCCGAAGAAAGAAGGAAACGACUGCAAAUAUUAGAAACAGAAAUAACUGACAUGAAACGCAAGAAUGUGCAGCAAGCGAAAUUACUGAAAAUACGUGAAAAAGAAACUCAGAAGAUACAAAGCCUAAAUAUGGAAAUACAAAGCAUGAAAGAGGCUAAAGUGAAAUUGAUACGUAAUAUGAGGCAGGAGUCGGAGAAAUUCCGUCAGUUUAGGAUGAUGCGCGAAAAAGAGGUAGUACAGCUCAAGACACGUGAUCGCAAACUGCAAAAUGAGAUGGCGCGAAAGGAAGCAUUGCACAAUAAGCAACGCAAAGUCCUAAAACGCAAGUGCGAGGAAGCGUUGGCUAUCAACAAAAGAUUAAAAGACGCUUUGGAUCGUCAGAAGGUAGCUCAGAGUCAACGUCAACAUUUCCACUCUGCUAAAGAGUGUAAUAUUUCUUCUACCAAGGUGGCUGAGACUAUUGCCUGUGUAGAGCGCGAACUGGAAGUCAUAGUAUCACUAAUCGAAGCUGAACGUACGCUUGAACAAUUAAAGGAUGAUCGUAGCAUUAUUAAUAGGCGAUUGGAAGAGUUGCAGCAUCAGCAAUGUGAUAAUGAGAUUGGUAUCGAUGAUGAAUUGAAUAAUUUGCGUUGUGAACUGGAAAUGCGUGAUAAUCAAAUUGCUGACCUCCAGCAAAAAGUAUGUGUCAACGAUAUCGAUGCGAUAAUGCGAAAUCUGAGUGAUGCUGCACACAGUUUGCUUGAAGCACGCGCUGUAAUCAAACAUCUUUUAAAAGUAAUAAUGGAAAUGAGACGUGAAAAUAUUCAAACUCGUGAAGAUCUUCUUAUCGCCGAGGAAAAAUGCAUGGAAGCAACUAAAAGUACGCAUGCGUUAAAAUUGGAAUAUGAGGAGGCAAUAGCUGAAUAUGAGGAGAAAAUUUCGGUGGCAUUAACACCGGAACAAGAGCAACGCUUGAAAUUACAAGAGAAGCAAGAAAGAAAGAUAGAAACGUUAUUGAUGGAAAUUGAGAAUUACAAAAAAAUUUUAAGUGGGGCAAAAUUAUACAAAGAAAAAUCUGAAGGAAUGAAGGGAAAGCACGUUAAAGUUCCUUGUAAAUCUGUUGAAAGAACUGAAGAGGAUGAUUUAUUACCGUUGGAAUCAAGUGACUCACAGUCAGAUUACGAUUGCGACAACGAUCCUGAUUGGACCAAAACCCCUUUAAUACGUUAUCGUAGGAGAAGACCUAACAGUAGAGCGUAUAUGUCCCAAUCUGUCAACAAUACCACAAAGCUUGUUGAUGACGAAGAUCUCUCCCACAACCAGCACAUCGCCGCUAAGGCCCAUAAUUCAACAGCGUCUCGAGCAGGUGCAAAAACAUCUGACGAAUAUAACAAGCAGCGGAAGUCCAAGGGCUGUUCAUGCCGUGGUGACUGCCGCAACCAGCGUUGCGGAUGUAAUUCGAGCAAUCAAAGCUGCACAAAGCUUUGCCGAUGCAAAAGUAAGUGUUUGAAUAAUAAGGAGGCCGCUUCCUUCGAUAUAAGCGAAGACAACAAUAGCAGCGAUGGUAAAAGUGAUGAGGACAAAAAUAUUGAGUUUCCUAAAGAACGAAAUGACAAAAUGGCGGCCGCGUAUCUUACGCCGAAAAUAGCCAGAAUAUCAACAAUCAAUUUCGAAACAUCAGCCGCCAAAAAGAACUUUUUUGAUAAUAAUUAAUUUAAAAAAAAGCUGUUCCACUCCAUGAAAUCAGUUCACGCAUCUAACUGCAUCUUUACAUAUUACCUCUUCCGAUAUCAUUUUAUCAUUAUUUUUACUGUUCUCUUUUUCAUUACCGUUUUGUUUUCUUUCUGAUAAUUUAUAAUCUUAUUUUGGAAGCAAAUAAUCGUUAAAAGUCGCUUUGUUUAGUAUUAAAUUUAUUUAAUGUUUCACAUUUGGCGCAUUUGUACAUAUAUAUUUUAAAUGCUUUUGCGAAAUAGUUUCUAUGUAUCCCUUAGUAAUUUUUUCAAAUUUGCCAUAUGAAAUAAAUACAUUCUUCUAUAUUGCACCUGAAAAAA